AUGUUAAAUAAAUAUUUUUCAUUUUAUAAGGUUUGUAGAGAAAAGAACAAGCUUUAUAAUUACAUCAAAAGUGUAUUUGUAGAAAAAAUAGAAUAAAUAGAAGAUAGUUUAAUCUAUUCAAAUGACUUACCAUAUGCGGUACUGAGUUUAGAAAACUCAAGAUUUAUCAAUCCUAAUAUUGGAUAAAAAUUAGCAAACACUGCAAAGUUAGUUUUUCAUAACAAUGAUUUAUCGAAGUUAAAAUCUGCUUAAUUUGCAGUUGAAAUUCUAAAUUCUUUAUACUAAUAUGCUGAUAAAUCAGACGCUGAAUUGUAUAAAGAAAUUUAUAAAUUUUACUAAAACCAUCCUUAUUUAUUUGAUAAAAAUUUGAUUACCAGAUUGUAAUAUUACUAUCACCAGUUGGCAGAGAAUGCUCAUUUUGAAGAUUUAGUUGAAAUAGGCCGCAGUGUUGGUUCCAUCACUAACACCAGAAUGUUUACCCCAGUAGUCUUGGAUUUAUAUAACAUAAAGAGAUAAAGCUAUUGGAAUUUAAUUGUCAGAUAUGAUCCAGACAAAUUGACUAGCACAGCCACUUUGACUCAUAAAUCUGGAAUUACUAUUAGAAUGCAGGGUGUCUAUCCUAAUAAUUAUGAAGAUAUCACAGAUACAAAACAAAUGAUCGCUGAGAAAAGGUUUGAUGCGGUUAUUUUGAAUUCUGCUCCUGUGUCUAUUGCACAAAUAGAUGAGAAUAAAAAAUUUGAUAUAAUAAACAAAAUCACUAGCAAUCUAGAAGCUAAUAGGAUUUUUAAGGAUAAAGUUGAAUAAGUUUUAGUGACUGAUUUCGAACCUAUUAUUGAAGAAUUAAAAAAGAAUUUCAGAAUAGAUAAUUCAAAAUAAAUCCUCACAGGUGUUUAAUAAGGUUUUGAAGUGCCAUACACUCUAGAAUCACUAAUAUACUAAUUUUCUACACAAAAAAAAGAAUCAAAUUAACCUCAUUUAAUUUUAGGGGGAUUAGGAAUUGAAGACAAAUUAAGAUUGUUCUUAAAUCAAAUUAACCCUUAAAAAAUAACUAAUGAAUUAUAAACACUUAGAUUCAAAUGGCUAAAUCAAGUUUUUUCACAUGUUGCAAAAGCUCAAAAGAUAGGAUGUUUUGUUUGUGGUACAUAACCUGAGGCUAUCAAUCCUCCUUCAAAGAUCUUGAAUGAAAACCCAAUUAUAUUGAAUUUUCAAUCAAAAUUUUUGGCUGAUAUCACUCUAAAAUACAUUGGAAAUAGUACUAAAAAGGAUAUUUUAUUAAUUUUAAACUAAUCAAUAUUUUAUGACACUCUAAAACACAUUGUCGAGGCUGAGAUCAUUAAAAAUGAUUUUAGUAUUGAUGAAUAUCGAUCUAAUCUCAUUAAACAAAAAUUAGGGGUAUCGCCCUUAAAUCAAAAUUAUCUAAAUUUAUUUAAGUAAUUUUAUGAAGAUUCCUUAGAGACAAAUUAGAUCUAUAAAUUAUGCUCUUAAGAGAUACUAGACUUGAAUAAAAUCUCAAAAUUAAAAUAUAUACCAGGAUAGUAAAUUCGCUGUGGUAUAAGAGACAUUUUAUUUUGA